AUGGAAUCCUACGGUCAAACUGGAAAAAAGGAGGUCAAGAAGGUUCAAGUUUGGGUUAAAAUUCACGACAUUCCUAUUGCUGCUUACACAGAGGAUGGGUUGAGUAUGAUUGCUACAACAAUUGGUGAACCAAAGCUUCUAGAUUCUUAUACCACGUCGAUGUGUAUGGAUAUGUGGGGAUGCAGUAGUUAUGCUAGAGCUUUGAUAGAGGUCUCGGCUGAUAAGGAGUUGAGAGAAGAGAUAACUUUGGCCAUUCCUGAACCUGAUGGGGAGGGUUUUGUCAAGGUAACUAUGCAUGUCGAAUAUGAAUGGUACCCACAUAGGUGUUCCAAAUGCUGUGUUUUUGGACACUCGGAUGAUUUGUGUCCUAAACAACCAAAAAAGUCUUUCUAUGUAAAGGGUGUAGAUCAAAAAAACAAGCAAUCAGUGCAAGUUAAUCGCUUGGAUAAGAAGUAUCCUGAGAUAGAUGGGGAUGGUUAUCAAGGAGUGAAGAGUAAAAAAGUUGCUAGGAAGACGGGUUUCCAAGUCAAUAAACAAAAGCAAAAGUUUGAGUAUAGGCCGGUGGUUUCUAAACCGAAAGGGGAGAUGAAUAGAGGUUCUACUUUGAAUACGAUUGAAACUAGUAAUCCUUUUGAUGUGUUGGAUGAUGCUGAUAUGGGCGGUAUGGAUGAUAAAAAAGAACCAGAGGAUGAUCAACAUGAAUCGGAUAAUGAGGAUGUUGUGGAGAUUUCUAAUGAGAUGGAUGAUUUUAUUCUUAAAGACUCGAAGAAACCGAAUGAAAAAAAGGGGCAAGCACUCCUUCUACAAAGGUUUCUAAUGGUUAGUCUCGCUUCUUGGAACAUAAGGGGGUUGAACCGCCCUCUGAAACAAAAGGAGGUUCGACAGAUUGUUAAAGAUUCUAAUUUAAGUUUGUGUGCUAUUUUAGAAUCCCAUGUUGAUGUUGAUAAACUGGGUGGGGUAUGUAAAUCAGUUUUUAGAUCGUGGGAUUGGACGUCCAAUGGAACCUGUUGUGACAAAGGAACCAGAAUCAUUGUGGGUUGGAACCCAAAGAUUUUUGAUGUUAUGGUCCUAUCACAAUCUUCACAGGUAAUGCAUCUUCAGCUUUUCUUCAAGUUGGAUAGAAGGACGGUUUUUUGCUCGAUAGUUUAUGCUGCCAAUUAUUAUGUUACGCGUAGAGAGCUAUGGCACCAAUUAUCCAUGCACAAAGUCUUUGUGGGUAAUAAUCCUUGGUGUAUUAUGGGAGACUUUAACUCAGCUUUGAAUCUUGAAGAUAAAUCUAUGGGGUCUUCUUCUGUUUCCACGGGUAUGAAAGAUUUUCAGGCAUGUGUUGAUAACCUGGAGAUGUUCGAUAUUAAUAGAUCGGGCUUUCACUUUACGUGGAGCCAGAAGCCGAAGGAGGGGGUUAGGCUGCUGAAAAAGAGUGAUCGAGUGCUAGGGAAUACUCCGUUUGUAACGACAUUCCCGAGCUCAGUUGUUAUUUUCCAUCCUUAUAGAAUUUCGGAUCAUUGCCCUUGUAUCUUGAAAAUUCCUGAAGUUGGUAUGUUGAAGCCUAGGUCUUUUGAAUUCGCUAAUUUUUUAGUGUAUAAACCGGAGUUCAUGGAGAUAGUGAAAAAGACGUGGGAAUCAAGAGUGGAUGGUGUUUAUUAG